AUGGACAAACUCUCCGGUCUUGCUUCAAAGCUCGGCGGUAACAAGGGCUCAAGUUCUGGUACUGGCUCCAGUUCUGGCUCCCAAGGCCAAGAGGACUACGUCGAUAAGGCUCUUGACUCUGUCGAGAAGAAGUUCGGCGGUGGCAAGAUUGACCCUGUGAAGAUGCGAUCCACCAACGAAAAGAUCACUGACACCGCUCGUGGACAGUUUGAAAAGGCUACUGGAAAGAAGGUUCCCGAGAAGAUCUCCAACUGA